GGUCCAAUGCAAUUGCCAGCUGCAGCAAGCAGCCAAUGCCACCUGUAUCUCUGAUAGGGUACCAGGUGGCGUUGGUGCAGCGCGGAUCACAGCUGAUUUGUGUUAAACUGACUUACGUAGUGCGAGCAGGCGCCAGUGGAGACUACUCUAAUCAAGUGAGAGUUUUAUCGCAGGCCCGCUCGUACACGUGCUACUGCAUCGACGGCUACACGGGCGCGCAGUGCCAGACCAACUGGGACGAGUGCUGGUCGUCCCCGUGCCGCAACGGAGGCACCUGCACCGACGGUGUGGCUUCCUUCAACUGCAGCUGCCCGCAGGGAUUCAUGGGCGCCGAGUGCGAGCAGGACCUGGACGAGUGCGCGUCCAACCCGUGCCUGCACAACGCCACCUGCGAGGACGCCGUCAACGGCUACGCCUGCCACUGCCUGCCCGGCUACUCCGGGCCGCUGUGUGAGGUGGACGAGGCAGUGUGCAACGCCACGGGGCUGCCUCGCUGCGCCAACGGGGGCUCCUGCCGGGAGGGCCCCGGGGACGCCUUCUCCUGCCUCUGCCCGGAGGGGUGGGCGGGGCCUCUGUGCGAAGAGGCCGUGGACGAGUGCGCGUCGUCGCCCUGCCAGAACGGGGGCGUGUGCGUGGACCAAGUGGCUGGCUACGCCUGUGCGUGCGUCUUUGGGUUCACGGGCAAGGACUGCGAGAGGAAGCUGCGCCAGUGUGAUGACAGCCCCUGCGAGAACGGCGCCCUGUGCCUGCAGGAGGGCGACCGCGCCGUGCCUGAACGGCGGCACGUGCCUGGACGGCGUCGACAACUUCACCUGCACGUGCCCGCCGUCGCUGACGGGCCAGUUCUGCGAGUGCCUGAUGCUGGCGACGGGGCAGCUGGACUGCACGUACAUCGGCACGCCGCCCCCGCCGCCCUCAACGAAUCCACUUCUGCCGUCGUGCCUUUCUCUCCCUUUCCAGAAUCUUCCACUCCCGCGCCCGCGACCACGUUCUCCCCUGCCCCUCCCCCCUCGCCCACCGUCCCCGCGAGCGACGCAGCGACGUGGGAGGCGGAGGCGACCACGCCCAGGACCUCCUCCGCGUGGGAGGCGAGCAGCCCGGCGGCCUCGACGAGCUCCUUCCUCUGGGACUUCUCCCCGUCGGCGUCUGCCUCCACGGCGGGCGCCGCCGACGCCACGACGCCGCUCGGCCCCACCGGCGUCACGCCUCCGACGCCGCCGCCCACCUCGGACGAGGCCCCCACGCACGAGAUCACCCAGACGCCGGACGGCACCACAGAAACGGCUCCCCCUCCCACGUGGUCCCCUUCCCCCGAGGUCUCGCGGCUCCCCGCGUCGCCGAGCCCCCCGUGGCGGCCGGACGGGGAGACGACGUCGCUGGCGCCUCCCACGGGUGAGGGCGAGGCGGCGGCGGCGACGACGACGGAGGCGGCGACGACGACGACGGAGGCGGCGACGGGGGCGGCGACGGAGGCGGCGACGGGGGCGGAGACGGAGACGGCGGGCAGUCCGACCGCAGCCUCCACCGAGCAGCCCGACUGCAGCCUGCUGCCCUGCCUCAACGGCGGCACCUGCGCCUUCGCGGACGACGGGCUCCGGGCGGCGGCCGGCGGCGGCGCGCGCGCCCUCGUCGAGGUGAGCGCGCGCACGCUGGCGCCGCGCGGCCUCCUCCUGCACGCGCAGCUCACGCAGCGCCGCUACUUUGCGCUCUUCGUGGACGACGGCCGCCUGCACUUCCGCUUCUCCUGCGGCCGCCAGACCAUGCACUUCACCGAGACGCAGACGCGCGUCGACGACGGACACGACCUCGCCGUGCUCGCCAAGUUGGAGGUGGUGACGUCGUCGAACGGGUCGCUGCAGUGCGUGGGCACGCUGCGCAUCAACGCCUCGCUGGCCAUGGGCGGGGAGCAGGUGGCGGCGGCGCCGUCGCCCGGCCGCCCGGCCGCCUGGCUGCACCUGGGCGGCCUCCCGCCCGCCUGGCCGCGCCCCGCCCCCGCCGACCCCGCCCCCGCGCCCGCCGAUCUUCCGGGUUUCACCGGCUGCAUGCACAGCCUCCGGUUAACACGUUUAUGGCAAAUCACUGUUUUAAGAGAUGAUGUUAUGCACUGUAGUAUAAAAUACAUUAAUUGUAUUUCAAUGGAAGCUAAAUUCAACAAA